UUCAAAUUUGUAUGCUGCCUACUAGCUGUGAGAGCGCCUUUAUUUCUGUUAUGCAAUCAGCUGUCUUGUAAAGUAUUUUGCGUAUUUUGGAGUCAAUUUUUUGUAGUAAAAAAAAACUUUAUAAAUAUGUCAGCGAGCAAAAUUAAUAUGAUUGCCAGAAAAUUCUCAUCUGCUGCAGGGCAACAAAUGAUUAAGCCCCCCAUUCAAGUUUUCGGCUUGGAAGGAAGAUAUGCAACUGCUCUAUUUUCUGCUGCCAGCAAACAGAAAAGUUUAGAUGCUGUUGAAAAGGAUUUAACUAAAAUUCAGGGAUUAAUGAAAACAGACAAGAAAUUUGUUGAAUUCGUAAAGGAUCCGUCAAUCAAGCGAAAAGUAAAGGCGGAGGCCUUCAAUCUAAUUGGCACAUCUGUGAAAUUGAAUCAAGCGACAACAAAUAUGUUGUGCCUCCUGGCUGAGAAUGGACGUUUAGGAAAAUUGAACCAAGUAGUGAAUGCUUUUAAAACAAUUAUGGCAGCCAAUCGGGGCGAAGUUGUGUGCGAAGUAAUAACAGCAAAACCUUUGGAUGCGGACAUGAAGGCAAAACUCGAAUCCACAUUGAAAAUGUUCUUGUCUAAGGGACAAACAAUUUUACUGAAUACUAAAGUUGAUCCUGCCCUAAUCGGAGGAAUGGUUGUUUCUAUUGAUGAUAGAUAUGUCGAUAUGAGUGUCUCUAGUAAAAUUAAGAAAUACAGCGACCUCCUCACGUCUGCUGUUUGAAUUCACAAAUUAAAUAUAAAUUAUAAUUAACAUAAUAGUCAUUUUAAUUAUCAUGAAAAUCAUAAUAAAUGCUCCUAGAUGCUGAAAAUCCGAUUCGUUUGUACGGCCAUGUUCUUUGUCAAAACUUACUUUUCAACAUCACUAAUGUAACAACAUUCUCUGGCGAGGUAAACUUGACAAAUAAAAGAUAUUUCUGUUUUGUUGCCAAUUGAAA